UCUGUUCUUUUGGCAGUGCUGUAAGGCACGCUAAUCCAACGUCAUAUGCAACACUACUGUACUCUCUUUCACGGCUGCGGCUGCAAUCGCCGUAAAAAGUUAAUUUCUUCAACUUUGCACCGGCAAAUCUCCGGGAUUUGUUAUUUACGAACUACGAGCGCGUACCAUUAUGUGACUUCGCUGUGACCGAACCAUAGAACCUAAACGGGGCAAUUGAAAAACGUUUUGGAUAACCUCCAAAGUGCAGACUCCGCAGGCAGAUGCACCUGCUCCGGAAAAGAGCCCCCCAUUAAAAGUGCCGAGUGGUAAGAGACUCCGGAACCAUGUCUACGUCGUCGGUGGUGCAGCAGUUCGUGAACGGGCUAAAGUCCCGCAACAGAAAUGUGCAGAACAAGGCCCACCAGGACCUGAUGUUCUAUGUGAAGACGGAGCUGCGGGAGAUGUCCCAGGAGGAGCUGACGCAGUUCUUCGACGAGUUCGAUCACCACAUCUUCAACAUGGUGAAUGCGACGGACAUUAAUGAGAAAAAGGGAGGAGCCCUUGCUAUGAAGUGCCUCAUCAACUGUGAGGGCAGUCUUACUGCUCGGAAAGGUAUUGCGCCUUACCUCAACCGUCUUAGGGAUCUGCUCCUGAUAAACGACGUGUCCGUCAUGGAGAUAGCGGCUCGUUCCAUGGUCAAACUGGCGAACAUGCCCACUUCCAAGGGUGCGGUGUCGUUUGAUUUCGACAUCAAGAAGGCCUUCGAGGUGCUCGGCAGCGAACGACAAGAGUAUCGCCGGCAUGCCGCCGUCUUCAUCCUCCGCGAGGUGGCCAUCGCCCUGCCCACCUACUUCUACCAGCACAUCAUCACAUUCUUCGAGGUGAUCUUCAAUGCGAUCUUCGAUCCCAAGCCAGCCAUUCGAGAGUCCGCCGGAGAGGCCCUGCGAGCUGCCCUGAUCGUCACCGCCCAGCGGGAGUGCACCAAGCAGUCGAGUGAGCCGCAAUGGUACCGGAUUUGCUACGACAAGGCCAAUGGAAGCUUUGGCGCGGAUCUGGCGGCUGGAAAGGAUCAAAAGGGUGUGACGCGGGAUGAUCGCAUUCACGGAGGCCUUAUCGUUGUCAACGAGCUGUUCCGCUGCGCAAAUGCCACCUGGGAACGGCGCUACACGUCGCUGAAAACCCUCUUCCCGAGGUCUUCGCAUAAGAGCCUCGAAGCAGGCAUCUCCUCGGGAGUGGGCUCGCAAUUCAACACUCUGGUCCCGCGACUAAAGGUGCCAUUCAUCGAUAGGCUUGGCGGGACACAAUCGAGCCUGGGCGAUACCAGCGACCAACACAACGGGGCGGCGAAAUUCACUGGCCACAAUGUCUUGGAAUCGGCAUACGCCCACGAGAUCCUACACGAGCACUACACCACCAUUUGCGACAAUGUCCUGGAGCAGCGAACUUCGAAGUCACCGUAUGUGCAGCAGGCCCUCCUACAGAUACUGCCACGGCUAGCCGCCUUUAAUCGCGACGUCUUUGUUGAGAAGUAUCUGAAGUCGUGCGUGUCCCACCUGAUGCAGAUUCUGCGCGGAAAAGAAAAGGAUCGGACUGUGGCGUUUAUCACGAUCGGCUACAUGGCAGUGGCUGUGGAAAGUGCAAUUGAGAAACACCUCUCGGGGAUCAUGAGCAGUGUUAAGCUCUCCCUCCCGGCCAAGGACUUGGCUAGCAAGAGAAAGGUGCCUGUUGAUCCUGCAAUCUUUGCGUGCAUAACGUUGCUAGCUCACGCCGUCAAGUCGGAGAUUGCAGACGAUGUGCGCGACAUCCUGGAGCAGAUGUUCUACACCGGCUUGUCGCCAUCGUUAACUGUUUGCCUGCGGGAGCUGUCCGAGAAUGUGCCGCAGCUAAAAUCGCCCAUCACAGACGGACUCAUCGGAGUGCUGUCCCAGGUGCUGAUGAAUAAACCGGCCGCUAUUCCAUACGCUGCCAUCCCGCCGAUCGCCAUUGAUCCCUCGUUGAUGCAAAAUGUGGACACUGCCACCAAGGUGCUGGCCCUCAAGACGCUGGGAACAUUCAACUUUGAAGAACAAAACAUGUUGGACUUUGUACAGAGGUGCGCCGACUACUUUAUCAUCCACGAACAGCAGGAGAUUCGCCUUGAAGCCGUUCAGACUUGCACACGACUUCUCAAGCUGGCAGUUCAAUCAUCGGAGAACAUGGACAACUCCAAAACCCUCAGCGACACUGUCUCCCACGUCAUUGAACGCCUGCUUAUGGUGGCCAUCACGGAUUUGGACUGCAACGUGAGAAUCCAGAUCCUGCGCUCCCUCGAUGAGACUUUCGACGCGAAACUAGCCCAGCCAGAGUCGCUUAACUCACUAUUCAUCACUCUGCACGACGAGAUCUUCGAGAUUCGGGAACUGGCAAUGGUGACCAUUGGAAGGCUCUCCUCCAUGAACCCAGCGUAUGUCAUGCCCAAGUUAAGGACCACCAUGAUCGAGCUGCUGACUGAUUUGAAGUACUCGGGAAUGAACAGAAACAAGGAACAGAGUGCCAGGAUGUUGGAUCACUUGGUCAUCAGUACGCCUCGGCUCAUUUCCUCGUACAUGAAUCCAAUCCUCAAGGCGCUGGUGCCGAAACUACAUGAGCCGGAGUCGAAUCCUGGGGUUAUCCUGAACGUACUCCGCACCAUUGGCGACCUGGCCGAGGUGAAUGGCGGCUCCAAUGAGAUGGAGCUGUGGGCCGAUGACUUGCUCUCCAUUCUACUGGAGAUGCUGGGGGAUGCAGGCAGUCCGGACAAACGAGGAGUGGCCCUGUGGACGUUGGGACAACUGAUUAGUGCCACCGGAAGAGUCGUGACUCCAUAUCACAAGUACCCUGUGCUCAUCGACAUUCUGAUCAACUUCCUGAAAACGGAGCAGCGCAGAUCCAUCCGGAGGGAAACCAUCCGAGUGCUGGGCCUACUGGGCGCGAUGGAUCCCUACAAGCAUAAAAUGAAUAAGGGACUGAUUGACAGCCAGAAGGACAACGUUCUGAUUGCCUACUCCGAUGGAAAGGUGGAUGAAAACCAGGACAUCUCCACCGCGGAGCUGUUGGUCAACAUGGGCAACGCCCUGGACGAGUAUUAUCCGGCGGUGGCCAUAGCUGCUCUGAUGCGAAUUCUGCGCGAUCCCACGCUGAGCACCCGGCACACGACUGUCGUCCAGGCAGUGACCUACAUCUUCCAGAGUCUUGGAAUAAAGUGCGUGCCCUACUUGGCCCAAGUUCUGCCCAAUCUGCUGGACAAUGUGCGCACCGCUGACAACAACCUUCGCGAUUUCCUGUUCCAGCAGCUGGCCAUUCUAGUGGCCUUUGUGAAGCUCCACAUCAUCAGCUACAUGGGCGACAUCUUCAAGCUGAUAAAAGAGUUCUGGACCCUCAACACGGCACUGCCGAUGCAGAACACGUUGAUCAAUCUGAUAGAGCAGAUUGCUGUGGCCUUGGGGUGCGAUUUCCGAGACUACUUGGCGGAGCUGAUACCACAAAUCCUGCGCUUUCUGCAACACGACAACUCCAAGGACAGAAUGGUCACUCGAAGACUACUCCAGGCUCUCCAGAAGUUUGGCAGCACCUUGGGGUACUACUUGCCUCUGAUUGUGCCGCCGAUCGUUAAGCUGUUCGAUUCGCCCUAUGUGCCCCAGCAGGUCUCCCUGGUGGCCUUGGAAACAAUCAACAACCUGGCCUGCCAGCUGGACUUCACCGACUUCUCCUCCCGCAUCAUCCAUCCGUUGGUGCGUGUGUUGGAGGCAGAGCCCGAGUUGCGAGACCAGGCGAUGAUCACACUCCGCUCGCUGGUCAAGCAGCUGGGCAAGAAGUACCUGGUGUUUGUGCCCAUGGUGCAGCGAACCCUGGUCAAGCACCGCAUCGUUGAUCCCGAGUAUGAGAAACUUCUAAGCAGGAUCCAGUCGAACAGCACGCUGGCAGAUGCAAGUGGGGCAGGAGAGUUUGGUCUUCGACCGGCCAAGAUCAAAAAUAACGAACCGUUUGUUAACGACAGUAACAGUAACAACAAGAUCACACAGGCCACCACCUACGAGCUUCGAACGGUAUGGCAGGUUACUCGACGGGUGUCCAAAGACGACUGGGUGGAAUGGUUGAAGAGACUGUCUAUCGGCCUGCUGAAGGACUCCCCAUCACACGCCCUGCGAGCCUGUCUCAUGUUGGCCCAGGAGUACGAAACCCUGCUGCGAGACCUAUUUAACGCGGCCUUCAUUUCCUGCUGGACGGAGCUGCCGCCGGAUCUGAAGACUGAGCUGACGCAGUCGCUGAUCCAGGCUCUGCAAGUGACUGAUAUGCCGGAGAUCACCCAAACCAUCCUCAACCUGGCCGAGUUCAUGGAGCACUGCGAUCGGGAUCCCAUACCCAUUGAAACCAAGCUACUGGGUACUCGAGCAAUGGCUUGCAGAGCUUAUGCGAAGGCUCUACGCUACAAGGAAGAAGAGUUCCUGCUGAGAGAGGAUCCACAGGUGUUCGAGUCGCUGAUCCUCAUCAACAACAAGCUGCAGCAACGGGAGGCAGCGGAGGGUCUUCUGACCACCUACCGAAAUGCGGCCAACGAGCUGAACGUGCAGGGAAGGUGGUACGAGAAGCUCCAUAACUGGGACCAGGCAUUGGAGCACUACGAACGAAACCUUCACACGGACUCCUCGGACGUGGAGGCGCGUCUGGGCCACAUGCGCUGCUUGGAGGCACUCGGCGACUGGUCAGAGCUGAGCAGUGUCACCAAGCACGAGUGGGAGAACUUCAAUACGGAAGCCAAGGCACGAGCCAGUCCCCUGGCUGCUGUGGCGGCAUGGGGUCUCCAGGACUGGGAGGCCAUGCGAGAGUAUGUUAGGUGCAUACCCGAGGACACCCAGGAUGGCAGCUUCUACCGGGCCGUGUUGGCCGUCCACCACGAUGACUUUGAGACAGCCCAGCGGUUAAUUGACGAGACACGGGAUCUCCUGGACACCGAGCUCACCUCGAUGGCGGGCGAAUCGUACGAACGAGCCUACGGCGCCAUGGUCUGUGUUCAGAUGCUGGCCGAGCUGGAGGAAGUGAUCCAGUACAAGCUAAUUCCCGAAAGAAGAGAACCAUUGAAGGCAAUGUGGUGGAAGAGGCUCCAGGGCGGACAGCGUUUGGUGGAGGACUGGCGCCGCAUCAUCCAAGUCCACUCGCUGGUGGUGAAGCCACACGACGACAUUCACACCUGGCUGAAGUACGCGAGUCUGUGUCGGAAGAGCGGCUCGCUGCACCUGUCGCACAAGACGCUAGUGAUGCUGCUGGGCUGUGAUCCGAAGCUGAAUCCCCAGCAGCCGCUCCCGUGCAAUCAACCCCAGGUCACCUACGCCUACACCAAGUACAUGGCGGAGAACAACCAGUUGCAGGAGGCCUACGACCAGCUGAGGCACUUCGUCAACACCUACAGCCAGGAGCUGAGCUGCCUGCCGCCGGAGGCCCUCAAGCAGCAGGACCAACGCCUGAUGGCGCGCUGCUACCUUCGGCUAGCCACCUGGCAGAAUAAGCUGCAGGACAGCAUCGGCCCAGACGCGAUACCGGGUGCCUUGGAAUGCUUCGAGAAGGCCACCAGCUACGAUCCCAACUGGUACAAGGCCUGGCACCUGUGGGCCUACAUGAACUUCAAGGUGGUCCAGGCCCAGAAGACCGCCCUGGACAAGCAGCAACAACAGCAGGGACUGGGCAUGGGAAUGAGUCUCGACAACGAUCGGUUGGACAACGAUCUGCUGAUCAUCCAGCAGUAUGCAGUGCCAGCCGUGCAGGGCUUCUUCCGCUCCAUCAGCCUGAUCAAGGGCAACUCCCUGCAGGACACGUUGCGACUGCUGACCCUCUGGUUCGACUACGGCAACCAUGCCGAGGUCUACGAGGCUUUGCUCUCCGGCAUGAAGCUGAUCGAGAUCAACACUUGGUUGCAGGUGAUCCCCCAGCUGAUUGCACGCAUCGACACCCAUCGCCAGCUGGUGGGCCAACUGAUCCACCAGCUGCUCAUGGACAUUGGAAAGAAUCACCCGCAAGCUCUGGUCUAUCCCCUGACAGUGGCCUCUAAGUCUGCCUCGCUGGCUCGCCGAAAUGCUGCCUUCAAGAUUCUGGACUCCAUGCGGAAGCACUCGCCGACUUUGGUGGAACAGGCCGUGAUGUGCAGUGAGGAACUCAUCCGGGUGGCCAUCCUCUGGCACGAGCAGUGGCACGAAGGCUUGGAGGAGGCCUCGCGACUGUACUUCGGGGAUCGCAAUGUCAAGGGCAUGUUCGAAAUCCUGGAGCCACUGCACGCCAUGCUGGGCCGAGGUCCACAGACUCUGAAAGAGACGUCCUUCUCGCAGGCCUACGGCCGGGAGCUAACGGAGGCGUACGAAUGGUCGCAACGCUACAAGACCUCCGCCGUGGUGAUGGACCUCGACCGUGCCUGGGAUAUAUACUACCAUGUCUUCCAAAAGAUCUCGCGCCAACUGCCGCAGCUGACCUCGUUGGAGCUGCCUUAUGUGUCGCCCAAGCUGAUGACCUGCAAGGACCUCGAACUGGCAGUGCCCGGCUCGUACAAUCCCGGCCAGGAGCUGAUACGGAUUAGUCACAUAAAGACGAACCUACAGGUUAUCACCUCGAAACAGCGACCACGGAAGUUGUGCAUCUCCGGAUCGAAUGGUAAGGACUAUAUGUAUCUGCUGAAAGGACACGAGGAUCUGCGGCAGGACGAGCGCGUGAUGCAGCUGUUUUCUCUGGUGAACACUCUUCUGCUUGACGAUCCGGACACGUUCCGGCGAAACCUGACCAUCCAGCGGUAUGCCGUCAUCCCGCUGAGCACCAACUCCGGCCUGAUCGGCUGGGUGCCCCACUGCGACACCCUGCACACCCUGAUCCGGGACUAUCGGGACAAAAAGAAGGUGCCCCUGAACCAGGAGCACCGCACCAUGCUUAACUUUGCGCCCGACUACGACCAUCUGACGCUGAUGCAGAAGGUGGAGGUGUUUGAGUACGCCCUUGGCCAAACCCAGGGCGACGACCUGGCCAAGCUGCUCUGGCUAAAGUCACCAUCUUCGGAGCUGUGGUUCGAGCGCCGAAACAACUACACCCGCUCACUGGCCGUCAUGUCCAUGGUUGGCUAUAUUCUGGGCCUGGGCGACCGGCAUCCCUCGAAUCUUAUGCUGGACCGGAUGAGCGGCAAGAUAUUGCACAUUGACUUCGGCGACUGCUUUGAGGUGGCCAUGACACGGGAGAAGUUCCCCGAGAAGAUCCCCUUCCGGCUGACCAGGAUGCUGAUCAAGGCGAUGGAGGUCACCGGCAUCGAAGGCACUUACCGCCGCACCUGCGAAAGCGUGAUGCUGGUGCUGCGCCGCAACAAGGACUCCCUAAUGGCCGUACUGGAGGCCUUUGUGUAUGAUCCUUUGCUGAAUUGGCGUCUCCUGGAUGUGGACAAGAAAGGCAACGAUGCGCCGGCCGGAAACGGCGGAGCUGGUGGUGGAAGAGGGGGCUCCGGAAUCCAGGAUUCCCUUAGCGACUCGAUGGAGGAGUCGCUGCCGAUGGCCAAGUCGAAGCCGUACGAGGCACACCUGCACCUGCAGCAGGCGGACGAGACGAACAGCAAGGCCAGCCAGGUGAUCAAGCGGGUCAAGUGCAAGCUAACCGGCACCGACUUCCAAACGCAGAAGAGCGUCAACGAGCAGCAGCAGGUGGAGCUGCUCAUCCAGCAGGCGACCAACAACGAGAACCUCUGCCAGUGCUACAUCGGCUGGUGUCCCUUCUGGUGAGCGGGUGGUACUUCCCUUCUGGUAACUGUCCACUAGCUGAAAUUGAUGCACUAGCUCCUAAGUAUAAAAUAUUGUAUAAUUUAUGUUAGAAGUACGCUUUAAUACACUUUAUUUGUGAAUCCAGUUGUAAAAAAAAAUAAAUUCCAAUUUUAUAAAAACCAA